AUGGAAAACACUUUCAACACCGUCCCCGAUGAUCAUGACCAGCCAAAUCUGAUGGCGCUUGGACUGGGCAAAGAAGAAAUGGACAACAUGUGGCAAUUGUCGAUUCAUUCUUUCCUUACCAACAACCAUGAGAUGAUCAUUCCAGGACACAUGUCGAGGACGCUCAGCGGACUCAACGUUGCGGACCUUGUUUCUCGAUUCAGCGCUCACUUCAGCAAUGCUGAGGCAACUGCCUUCUUUGAUUUUCCAUCUGGAGAUCUUCACAUUCGCAGAGUUUCUGAGGUCCCCGCCACUGAAAAUGACUCUCCCGGCAUGAGCAGCUCUCUGGCACGAUCCACCUCAGCUCAGACCAUGAUGUCUAUCUCGAGCCCCUCUGCAUCUCCCGUGCGUGCACCUUUGGUCAAGGAACCGCUGGUCAAGCCAGCUCGCUUGCCUGGCAAGAAAUCAAAAGUCCCUCGUCCACCCAAUGCAUUCAUCCUGUACCGAGCCAAACAUCAUCCAAUGCUCAAGGAUGAAAAGCCGACAUUGUCAAACAACGAAAUCUCCGUCAUUCUUGGCAAGAAAUGGAGGGAGGAAUCUGAACAAGUCAAAACACAUUUCAAAGAGAUGGCGGACAAGCUCAAAGCUCAGCAUGCAGCGCAGAAUCCUGGCUAUCAGUAUGCCCCACGCAAACCAUCCGAGAAGAAGCGCCGUAUGACUGCACGAAAACUCGCUACCCUUAGCGCUGCCAGAGCCGAGACGGAUUCUCAAUCCAGUUCAGAUCUUGAGAUGACUGAUGUCGCUGAAGUUGGCGAUAGCAAUGGCCACGACAACAUGACACACGACAACACUGCUCGCGAGACCAACGAGGUUGGGCAGUUCUUCCGUGACGACGAAGCGGUUUCUGCUACAGGGCUCAUGGGCAGCGAACGUAUGUACUACCCGAGCCGGGUCCGACAUGGAAACCAGGGCAUGAUGUCAGUGAUUCUGCCGGCUGGCCACGGAGAGGUCGAGCGCGAUCUGGCCUUCAAGAUGUCCCGCAUGCAGCACUUCACGGUCGAGGACGAGAUGGCGAUCGGAGGCAGAACCGAGCCUUCCUUCUACAACGACGGUCCCUACUUGCGUCCGACCUUGUCGUCUCUGACGGGGGAUGACUUCAUGAGUUCGCUGGUCGACUGGGACGCCAUCAAGGAGGAUGCCAAAUGGGUGCACAGCUCAGUCAAUGAGGAGAAGCCUCUCGAGACAUUCCAUUUCGACAGCAAGGAAGAGCGAGCCAAGUUCCAGCAGGAGAUUGACCGCAUUCUGUGGAUGCUUGAAUGA